AUUAGCAGCGCUGAUUGCAAGUAAACAUAAAAUAAUUGUAAUUAUUGUGAUAAAAACAUAAUGUCUGCAGUAACUAAGCUAAUAAAACCAAAUCUAGGUGCUCUAAGACAACUACAGCAGUAUCGAAAUAUAGUCAAUCUGAGUGCCACUGCAGCGCUAAGAUCCCGUAAUGAACUUUUCAGUCAGGAACAGCGACGCCAGCGGGAAGCUGUGGGUCGCAUAGAAAAGAUAGAAGUGCGCUACUUGGGACUGCCCGAGGAUGUGACUCUAGUUAUGAACAAUCAUAUAUCGACGCCAUACAACUGCGCACAGCACUUGAGCGAAGGUCAUUGCAAAAGAGCUGCCUUGGCUUUGAUCGAUGGCACCGUGCCCUGGGACAUGCAUCGACCACUGCAGGAAUCGUGUACUCUGCAGUUGCUCAAUUUCAAUGUAUCUGAACCACAUCUGGUCAACAAAGCCUUUUGGCGCACCUGCAGUUUCAUGUUGGGCGCUGCGCUGCAACGUACAUUUAAGGAUGAGGCGAAGCUGGAACUGCAUAGCUUUCCCGGGCCAAAUAUCAAAUCCGGCAGCUUUGUGCAUGACAUUGUGUUGGGCACGCAAAGCUGGGAGCCUACGAAAGCUGAAAUGCGCGCUAUAUCGGCAGAAAUGGUGAAGCUGUCGGCACAGGACUUGAGAAUAGAGCGCUUGGAAGUGGAUAAGGAUGUGGCGAUAGAAAUGUUCAAAGAUUCACGCUACAAAAGCGAGCAGCUUCCCAGUAUAGCGCAACAGAAUCAAGGUCGCGUCACGCUCUAUCGCUUGGGGGAACACAUCGACAUCUCGCGUGGACCUAUGGUGGCCUCUACACGUUUCCUUGGCAAGUGCACCAUAUCCGCUGCACACAAGGUGGCCAGUGAAGGUGCUGCCAGUGCAUUUUAUCGCAUUCAGGGUGUGGCUCUGCCUAGCGGCUUUACCCUAAAUCAUUUUGCCUAUGGCUUGCUGGAACAGCGCUCCCAAAAGCUAAACUCUGCGCGCCUGCCAAACGAACCCUUUGAGGAACAACAACAACAACAAAUGCAAUUGUCUUGAAUAGAGUAUUUACAUUAACAAAGCUGUUUUUUAAUAUUUAAAGUAAUUCUAGCGUAAAUGUUACCACAAACAAAACAAAAAAACAAUUAAAGAUCAAGCUUUAAUAUCGCCGGCAGCUGCAAGUUGUGUUGCUUAAUACUAAUUUAAAAUUCGUUUAAGGUAAACUUAUAAACAUAUAUACAUACAUACUACAUGCAUCAACUGAAGCACGCGCUGAUUCAACUUAUCUGAGCAUUUAACAAUGAUUCCAUAUUAGAUAUAUUAGCUCAAAGUUUUGCCAUUAAUUUUAGAUAUACAGGCUCAAAUCAAAUCAGAGUUUUGUCUGACGUACAAUAUAGAUAUGCAACUAGUUUUUUUUUUAAUUACACUCAUAAUACUCUUGAAGUUGUUUCAUCGCGUGAUUCACUUUGGUCUUGCGUUAUACAUUGAGAUUCCUGACGUUACAUUAAGACAACAG